AUGACUGACAACAAUGCCUCAAGGAAAAGGAAGCACGCGAGCAACGACGAAUCAGCACAUUGGCUAUUUGAUGACACUCCACCACCGUUGACCAUCCUGAACGACCUUGAUGACAGUACAGAGCUUCUGCCAAUGCCACCAUCCUCACAACAACAUUCGUCUCUCAGCCUAUUUCCCACUUCGCGCGAUACCGCUCUAUUCUCAAUCUCACGACGACGACGACAGCAACGCGACCGUUUCAAUGCUCAGGAUCGAGAAUACAUGACGAAUGCCUUCAAGCAGGACGUCACUAUCGCCGAUCGCUUGAUCGUACCCAAGAUCCACCCGUUGUUGGCACCCAAACUAAAGCGACACCAGAUUGAUGGCGUUACGUUCAUAUGGAAACAGAUCGUUGGCUAUAUGCAUGGAUGCAUUCUUGCACAUACGAUGGGUCUCGGCAAAACAUUGCAAACGAUUACAUUCAUCACUUUACUAUGCACCGAGAUUUCAAAAAAGAAUCCAGUCGUGCCACGUUACUUGAUGUCGAAUCGGAUAUUGGUCCUAGCUCCAUUGACAACCAUCAGCAAUUGGAUGAAUGAAUUUGACAAGUGGAUACCACAAGAAUUGGUGCAAGUGGUUGGACACACAUACAACUUUGCAGAUGUUGUGUCGAGCUCUACCAGUUAUGCAAAAAGGGCUCAGUAUUUGAAAGAUUGGUACCUAGGAGGCGGUGUGCUUUUCAUGAGCUAUGAGCAAUAUCGCAUUCUAUUGACAAAAGACUCGCCGCAUCAAGAUGAAAUGAAAAGAUACCUUCAAGAUCCAGGUCCUUCACUCUUGGUCGCGGAUGAGGGUCACAGGCUCAAGAGUAAUACCUCAAUGCUGGCGCUUACGGUUAGCCAAAUCCGCACACCAGCUCGCAUAUGUCUUACAGGCUCCCCAGUGCAAAACAAUUUGGAUGAGUUUUAUUGCCUGGUCAACAUCGUGGCUCCUUCACUCCUUCCUGAUCCACAAUCCUUUGUCAUGUUUUAUCGUAAGCCUAUUGAGAACAUCUUUGCCGAGUCGAGUUCAACGGAUAUAUACCUUGCCAAGAAACAAUUACUCAAGCUCAAAUUGUUGACCAGUGAUAUCCUUCAACGCCGAGGACCUGAAUAUUUGGAUAAUGAUCUGCCAGCAAAGAACGAAUACUACAUUGCAUGUCGAAUGACCGAAGAUCAGUUUACGGGAUAUGUGAUUCUACUCGACCAUUUCAGAACAACAGGCGAAAGUAUCCUGAUCAGCCAUGUCGCAUUACGAGCAUUAUGCAACCAUCCAGCGAUUCUAAGAAAGAUAUUGGUUGAUCGAAACGCACGCUCGGGAAACUCAUCACAACCAACGGAUGCUGGGGACAUGGAUGCUAUUGUGGAAGAUGAACUCGUUGCAUUCUCCGACCUUGCGAGCAAGAUGCUGUUGGAAUGUCUCUCAAAUUACUUUGACCGUAUCUCUGAUAUCGAAGAUCCACACCAUUCAAGCAAAGUGAUGGCUAUCAUGGAAAUUGCGAAAGGCUGCAAAAGGCUUGGUGAAAAGCUUAUCAUCGUCUCACAUAGCAUUUUGUGCCUGGACUUUUUGGAGAAGCUACUUGGAUCAAGAACCUAUCAGAUCAGUCGCAUUGAUGGAACAAUCCCACAACCGCAACGUCAAGAUAUCAUUGACAAUUUCAAUAAUUCCCCCAAUAAGGAUAUUAUGCUCUUGUCAGCCCGGGCGGGUUCGCUUGGUGUCAAUAUCACGGGUGCCAGUAGGAUUAUUUUAUGCGACUCGGAUUGGAACCCUGUACAUGAUGAGCAAUCAAUUGGACGCAUUUAUCGAUAUGGACAAGUCAAGCCUGUAUUUGUGUAUCGUCUAUUCCAGUAUUCAACAAUCGAGGAUGUGCUUAUGAGCAGGAAGCUUCACAAACGAGGAUUAGCAAGCCGAGUUGUGGAUAAUCGCUACUUUAAACGACAAGACAUGAAGGAUAUUCAAAAGUAUUAUGCCAACCCUGUGGAAAAGGAGGACGUCCCGGAAGAAUGUGAUGACCCAGUCCUUAACGAUCUCAUCAAAGCGGAGCCAAGAGCACUGAUUUCUAUUCAUCGCCCACGUGAUGUCGAGAAUGAAGAGAUUGUCAAUGAGCAUGAGUUAUCACCGGAAGAUGUGAAAAAGGCAAAGGAGGAAGCAUUAGGAAUGAAAAAAGCGUACAUUUCGGAUCAUUUCCCACUAGUUGCAUCUUUGUAA